GAUAGAGAGAGACAGAGAGACAGACACACACACACUGGCUGCACUGACGCAUUAUUGUCUAACAUUACGGUAGCAGGGCGUGCCUAAAGAAGGGGGAAGCGUCUCAUACCAACGGAGCAGAACUUUAGAACCAUUUCCUUUGAAGCAGAGUUGCUGAAAGAAGACGAGUAAAAACACUGGUUAUAAUAGUGUCCCCAGUGGAAGAUGCGUUAUUACCGGUAUAAGAAUGCUGAGGUGAGCUGCUGCUACAAGUACCUGAUGUUCAGCUACAACAUCGUGUUCUGGUUGGUUGGAGCAGCUUUCCUAGGCAUCGGGUUUUGGGCGUGGAGUGAGAAGGGCGUGUUGUCAGACCUGUCCCAGGUGACCCGGCAGAACGGUUUUGACCCGGUGUGGGUGGUUCUGGUGGUCGGCACGGUGACCUUUGUCCUGGGGUUCGCGGGCUGCGUGGGAGCGCUGAGGGAGAACAUCUGCAUGCUCAAGUUUUUCUGCGGGGUGAUCGGAGUGAUCUUCUUCCUGGAGCUGACGGCGGGGGUGCUGGCCUUCGUGUUCCAGGACACCCUGAGGGAGUGGAUCAGCGACUUCUUCCUGACCAACGUGAAGGGCUACCGGGACGACAUUGACUUGCAGAACCUCAUCGACUCGCUGCAGAGAACGAAUCAGUGCUGUGGGGCUCGAAACCCUAAUGACUGGAACACAAACAAUUAUUUCAACUGCACUGACGACAACCCCAGCCGGGAGCGCUGUGGAGUGCCCUUCUCCUGCUGCCUGGCCGACCCUGCUCAAACAGUUGUGAACACGCAGUGUGGCUAUGACAUCAGGGCCAGGCCGGAACGGGAAUGGAACACUGUGAUCCAUGUUAAGGGGUGCAUCCCUGCGCUGGAAGGCUGGUUACCCCGAAACCUCUACAUCGUGGCCGGAGUCUUCAUCAUCAUCUCACUGCUGCAGAUGUUGGGCAUCUUCCUGGCUCGUACUCUGAUUGGGGAUAUUGAGAUGGUGAACUCUGGCUUCAGAUACUGAGGGGCUGACUGUCGCAGCGUGUACGUGUGCACCCCCCCACCACCCCCUUGCAACACACGUGUUCUGGGAUUCAAAUUUCCAGCUAGUCCACAGCUCUAGCCACAGUGUAGAGGUAACGAGCUCAGGUGUGUCUUAUUAAACUCUUAAGAAAACCAGGAACGGAUCAAACUGCUAUGCAAAAGGAGUCUUAUUUCCAUCCCUGAGUGGGUGUUACUUGUACACUGUGGCUAAUCAAGCUUGUAGUAAAACCUGGAGUGGGUGACCCUGCCAUGCAACAGGAGUCUUAUUUCCAUCCAUGUAAUAUAAGGUGUUGCCUUUUUAUUUUGUUUCCAAAUUUCAGCUUUGCACUGAACAGCUUUCCAUUCCACUGAGUCAGCAGCCCUCACUGGAGUUCGAAGUUCACAUCUGCACAAUCCUCAGUGAAAUCAAUGAGGGUGAAUCAAUACAACAGCACGCUGCUUCAACUGUACUGCCAUUUUAUUAGUUUUAUACAACAUACACACAUCCACCGACAAGACUAAAAGUAACGUCAACGUUUCAAGAUUGAAAGUUGGCCUCCCAUUUUUCUAAAAUGAAAACACCAAGAAGCGAUAGUGUGAAUAUUCUGAAUGGUCUGUUAAAGGAGUGAGUCUUCAGCUUGUUGUUUAACAUGACAAGGUGUGAUCAGUGUUAAAGAUGAUGUUUGAAGAUGGCGCUCACAUAUAAAAGAAUUUACUCCCAUAGUAAAUAUCUGAUUUCAGGCCAUCUCUUAAAGGCAGAAUUCCUAUCAUAUAGACCCCUGUCCUUAACAAGAACAAACAUCACUGCAGUUGCUUCUUUGUUAGUCUUACUACUUUAAAAUCUAUUUAAAUAAAUGGCAGAACAUUUUUGCGCUUCAAAUCCGAGCCCAUUUUGUUUGAUGCUUCUUCUGCUAACUAAUCGCCCUACAGCUAGCAAUCUACUUCCAGAAACUGAACACUGCUGUCUUAGACCGAGAAGAAUUGGGGUUCUGUUUUUGUUAACAAAACCAAACAUGAUAGCUUCAAUUCUCUUAGUCUCGUUGGUCUGAGAACAUUUCUUUAGCAGUGUACAGAUAUUCUUGCACUAUUGUAAAUGAUCUGCAGCACAGAUCAGAUCUCUGCAUGUAGCUUUUAUUGCUGUUCAUUGUAUUCAUGUGUGCUUGAAUCGGGAUGUAAUCCACUUGGAGGUGCAUUAGGAGCUGGUUCUGAGAGAAACAUGCUCCGAUUCUGGGGUUGAUCCUGUCAGAUUCUUUCUGUGAUGUAGCACCAGCAAAGACCAACCCUCUCAGGAACAUGUCACCAUUUUUUUUUAUGAAUUCUUUGUUAGAUUUAUUUUAUUUAUGUAAAUGUUUUUUUUUUUUUUUUUUUUUUUGCAUUAAAGGGAAUGUAACAAUCUAAAAAGUGUAAACUGUGUAUAAUGUUAAAAAGUGCUCUAAAAGUCCAAUCGCCUCGUCCUGCUGUGUGGGAUUCCUCUGUGAACAGGCUGCUGGUGGCGUGUGUGUGUGCGUGUGUGUGUGAGUCGGGUUAGUGGUUCUGUAGGUACCGGGUCAGGCUGGUCUUAAUUAGAAUAUUCCGCUCUGGGGUUCUGUUCCAGAUGCCGUCGGUCGGGUUCUGUUGGGAGUGUGUCUGGUCACUGUUCAGGUUGCCAGUGUUGGAUCUCGGUGGUUCUCGGGGGUCCGUGUUGGUCCAGUUCUGCUAGCGCUGUGGUUCUGCUGGGAGGGAUUGUGAGAUUUCUGGGGGGGGUUCUGUUCCAGUGGGUAGCAGGUGUCAUUUAUGAGUUGGGUUGGGCUGGUUCUGCUGGAGGGAUACUGGGUUCGGCUUUUUUUGG